AUGCUUUCGCCCUUCCAGAUGGCAGCUUUGGUGCCGAAGUGCCGCCGCGAGCACGGCGAGUUCUUUGUGAGCAUCAUCUCCAGCCACGGAGAGGAGGGGGUCGUACUCGGUUGCGACUCGGAGCCGGUGAAGCUAACCCGGAUUUUCCAGAUUUUAUCCUCAGAGAAGUGCCCGGCGCUCACCAAAAUACCCAAAAUCUUCUUUAUCCAGUGCGACGGCGAGGAGCCCGAGCCCGACUGCUUCUCAGACUACCUCUCCAUCCCUCCCCAGAGCGCCGUGAUGUUCGCCUGCAGCCCAGGCUACGUGGCCUUCCUCAACGUCUCCGGCUCCAUGUUCCUCCAGGCCCUGCUGAAGCUCCUGGAGGGAGAGGAACGGCACCUGGCCCUCAACCGCCUCAUGACCCGCAUUAACUGGGAGGUGGCCUUUCGCUGCCAGGCCAGGGGCACCUACGAGGGGUGCAAGGAGAUGCCCUGCUUCGUCACCAACCUGCUGUGGGAGGUCUUCCCCUUCUCGGCGCCCGUCGCCGAGGAGGCCCAGGGUGUUUGA